UUAGGAGCAACAUGAAUGCUAAUGUCAUAUUGAAGGGUUAGCUGACAACGUCACGAUAACGAUGCUUCAAUGGGGCAGAACUCCUUGUGUUUUGAUUCUGGAUGUACAACUAGCCAACAAUGACUAGAAGCUGCCGUGUGGGGAAUCGUUUCAUAUCGUUUUAUUCGUUUCUUGAUAGAAUGUCGUUUUUUGAGGUGUUUUAACUGUUGCCACGUCAUCUAUGCUAUAAUGGCUAAAUUCCGCUAACUAGCUAACCAACAACUGUAACGAUGUAUUUGAGAGACAGGUUCUCAUUUUGCAGCAAAUGUAUUUAUGUAUUCAAUAGACAUUGGAGACGAAAUAUAGUUUUACAUGUUAUCAACAAUUUAAGACACCCCGGUUUGUUUUGCCCUACUUGUGUGCGCGUCGGUUUUGUUGCUAAACAACCAACCCGUUUAUAGGCCAAUUAUUACUGAAUUCAAACGAAGAAGCACUCUAGUCAACAAGAUGAAGAGCACACCUGGGGAAAAGCAACACAAUAAAACCAAGCGGACUAAACACCAUCCAGACCCCAUCAAAACAGAGUGUGGAACACAGUCAGAUGAUGUUGACUGCAAUAGAGAAGAAAUGGACAUUAGCCAAUCACCCUACAUUACUAAAGGGGUAUGUAUCAGCUCCAUCCAAAUCAAAGAGGAACCAACAGACUUUGAGCAGCAGGGAAUGGGAGAGGAACCAAACCGUUCUGUUCCUUCCUUCCAGAAGAAGCACAUCAAACAUCAAAAUACAUCCAAUCGAAUGACCGGAUGUAGCAAGAUAUCAUGGAGUCCUGUGGUGACGCUAACAAGAUUGUCUAAUGUGGUGGUUAAGACUCUUCUGCGAGACACUAAAGUGUGUUUGGUGAAGGAGGAAAACCCAGACGAGACAGAUGGAGUCUCUUCUCCUCAAUUUUUUCCUUGUCCACACUGCACCAUCUCCUUCACUGACUGUUACUUCCUGGAGAACCACAUAAAGAACAAACACCAGAAGCAGUACCUGGCUUUGUUCAAAAGCUAUGUCUCAACAAGUAAAACUGUGUAUGCCCCAACACACAGCUGUUCCCACUGUAGCUACAUGUUCCAUACCCCACGGCAGCUACACGUCCACAUCUGUCAGGCCCACCCCUCUCCCUAUCUAAGGAAACUCCACCCCUGCCCCUAUUGUGAACGCAGCUUCCAGUACAUAGCCAGACUGCAUACUCACUGCAAGGUUUGGCACAAAAUGGCUGUUACUUUCAUCGAUGGAUACCUCAGUUGCGCUGACUGUGGAAAGAGCUUCAGGAAUUGCUGGGGACUAGGACCUCACCAGUGUCACAAACCUGAGGACACUAAGCCUAAGGAUGGCCCUGUCUGUCUGAACAUCGGCAUGCCAUGCUCAGAGUGUGGCAAAAGCUGCUCUAGUCCUCAGAAUCUGCGCAUUCACAUGCGCACACACACCGGCGAGAAGCCCUACGUCUGCAAGGAGUGUGGCAAGAGCUUCUCAGAAGCCAGCAGUCAUUGCAAACACAUGAUGAUACACUCAGGGGUCAAGCCAUUCAAAUGCCAAGACUGCGGAAAGGAUUUUGCCCGGAUGUGGCACCUCCGAGUUCACAUGACCGUUCACUCUGGCGAGAAGCCUUUAUCCUGCCCCAAAUGUGACAGGCGGUUUGCAUACAGUUAUUCUUUGAAGCUUCACCUGCGCACACACUCAGGGGAGAGACCUUUCAAAUGUACUGUGUGUGGUAAAGACUUUGCAGACAACGGUUAUCUGAAGACGCAUCUGAAGAUCCACAAUAAUGAAAGGAACUACCAUUGUGGGGUUUGUGGGCUGAAGUUCAUAAACAGUGCUGCGUUGAAAACCCACCAGCGCGCACACACUGGGGAGAGGCCUUUCCAUUGCACAGUGUGUGACAAUACAUUUUUCCGACACGCACACCUGAAGAACCACCAGCGCACUCACACAGGUGAGAAACCAUACACCUGUACUGAGUGCAGCAAAAGCUUCACUCAGUCUGGAGAUCUCACAAAACACAUACGCACCCACACUGGAGAGAAGCCGUAUGAAUGUUCUGUCUGCCACGGCUGCUAUACCUCUUCAGGGGAUCUGGGCAAACACAUGAGGAUCCACAAUAACUCACGGCCAUAUCACUGCCAGGAGUGUGACAAAAGCUUCCGCAUGGUCGGUCACCUUAAAACUCACAUGAGGACCCACACUGGUGAGAGACCAUACUCCUGCCCCCGCUGCCAUCGUACUUUUGCUCGCGCCCACCACCUAUCUGGUCACCUGCCUAGAUGUUGCUGAAUGAUUCGAUUAUUUAUAUACAGUCAACUCUUUUACUCUUGUAGUUAUUUAAUAAAGAACAGUGAUGUACAGAAGAUGGUUUUGUGCCCGACUUUGUUGUGUUAAUAACAAUAAAUGGUAAUGUCAAUAAAGGCCGCUAUAAUCUGUGAAAUAUG